CUCUCUGUCUUCCAGGAGCAUCAGUGAAGUACAGUGUGCUCUACCUGUUGGGCCUGGCGUUGCCGUAUGUCCACUUCAUGUUCCUCAUCUGGGCGGUGUUUGAGAUAUUCACGCCCAUCAUGGGCCGCAGUGGCACAGAGAUACCCCCUGAGGUUGUGAUGGCCUCUCUGAUCACCCUGGCAACCAUCUUCCUGUCCUCUUUUUUUCUACAUUUUAUCUACUUGGUACGGAGCACUAAGCGGAUCCUGGCUGGUUUGGGCUCAGUCGUCAUCGUCAUGCUCCUGUUGGUGUCCUGCGGCCUCUUUUUUCCUUAUUCAGGCAGUCCAGACAGCCCACGGCCUAAACGUGUCUUCAUGCAGCAUACAACAAGGACCUUCCACAAUCUCCAGGGCCAGGUGGAGAGCCGGGACUCGGGCCUUUGGAUCAACGGCUUUGACUACACAGGCAUACAGCACCUCACACCCAGCAUCCCUGAGAUCAACGAUAGCAUUCGCACUCACUGCCAGAAUGACCGGCCCUUCUGUGGUUACCCCUGGUUCCUGCCACUGAAGUUCCUCUGCCGGAAGAGUUGGUAUCUUCCUGCCCCAGAAGUGUCUCCCAGCUCUCCCGUGGAGUUCCGCCUGCUGUCAAGAGAGGAGACCAGCUGGGGGAGCAUCAAGAUGACUUUCAGUGCAAAAGGCCCCAGCCACAUGUAUCUAUGUCUGGUGCCUCAUCGAGGAGCCAACCUCUCCACCUGGUCCUUUGGUGACGGGACACCUCGGUUUGACCAGAACAGAGAAUAUGUCAUCUUCUAUUCCCACGGCCUUAAUUCCACCACAUGGACCUUCUGGUUUGAAAUACAGCCUCCCAGGGACCCAGGCCCUGAGGGAAUGAUCUCAGUUGCCAUCUCCUCCCAUUAUUUCUUUGGGGAAGACCAGAGGACUGCUCAGCUGGAGGAAAUCCUCCGCAGGUUUCCCACUUGGGCUUUUCCUUCGUCUUGGGUCAGUACCUACGACAUGUACCGAUACUGAGCACUGCAGGCAUCACAGAGGCUGAAAAAUCAGUAUAACAAUGCCCUGGGCAGGUACCAUAUUUACUGAGCCUUAAAAUGUCUAUUUGUCUCCUGGAAACUUGCUAUUAGGAGAAUACACUGUGAAAUAAUGGAUUAAAAAACUGUUAAAUGAUUU